AUAUAUAUAUACCUCACCUCUCCUUCACCUUCCCUCAUUCUCUGCCAAAUCUCUGUGAGCUAUUUAUUUCAAUUCUUGCUUGUCUGAAAAUUUCAUUCUCUCCCUUUCUCUCUCUCUCUCUGGCCUGUUCUUUCCUAAACAAAAUUGGUCUUGAUCUGUAGAAAUUUGGCAUUGCUUUAAGAUGGCUACUUAUACCCCUAAGAACAUCCUCAUCACUGGGGCUGCCGGGUUCAUUGCAUCCCACGUUGCCAACCGACUGAUCCGUAACUACCCUGACUACAAGAUUGUCGUGCUUGACAAGCUUGAUUAUUGCUCGAAUCUGAAAAACCUCCUACCCUCAAAAUCAUCUCCUAAUAUCAAGUUUGUGAAGGGGGAUAUUGGUAGUGCUGACCUUGUCAACUUCCUCUUAAUCACUGAGUCUAUUGACACGAUAAUGCACUUUGCUGCCCAGACCCAUGUUGACAACUCAUUUGGCAACAGCUUUGAGUUUACCAAGAACAAUAUCUAUGGUACCCAUGUCCUUUUGGAAGCCUGCAAGGUCACUGGCCAGAUCAGGAGGUUUAUCCAUGUGAGUACGGAUGAGGUCUAUGGGGAGACAGAUGAGGAUGCAGUUGUGGGAAACCAUGAGGCUUCUCAACUCCUCCCAACAAACCCAUAUUCUGCCACAAAAGCUGGAGCAGAAAUGCUUGUUAUGGCAUAUGGUAGGUCAUAUGGGUUACCUGUGAUAACAACACGUGGGAAUAACGUGUAUGGACCCAAUCAGUUUCCCGAAAAAUUAAUUCCAAAGUUCAUCCUCUUGGCCAUGCAAGGGAAACCUCUUCCAAUUCAUGGUGAUGGUUCUAAUGUGAGGAGUUAUUUGUAUUGUGAGGAUGUUGCUGAGGCUUUCGAAGUCAUUCUUCAUAAGGGAGAGGUUGGUCAUGUGUACAAUAUCGGGACAAAGAAGGAAAGGAGAGUUAUUGAUGUGGCCGAAGAUAUUUGUAGGCUUUUCUCGAUGGACCCAGAGAAAAGCAUCAAGUUUGUGGAGAACAGACCAUUUAAUGACCAGAGAUACUUUCUAGAUGAUCAGAAGCUGACAAUCUUGGGGUGGUCAGAGCAAACUACGUGGGACGAGGGGCUGAGAAAGACUAUGGAGUGGUAUAUUAACAAUCCUGAUUGGUGGGGCGAUGUCUCUGGGGCACUGCUUCCUCAUCCAAGAAUGCUGAUGAUGCCAGGUGGGAUUGAGAGACACUUUGAUGGGUCUGAAGAGGGCAAAUCUGCAUCUUAUGUCUCAAAUAAUACCCGGAUGCUGGUUCCACCUUCCAAAAGCAUUGGCUCUCCUCGAAAACAUUCCCUGAAGUUCUUGAUCUAUGGUAGGACUGGUUGGCUUGGUGGUCUGCUUGGGAAGAUAUGCGAGAAACAAGGGAUUUCAUUCGAAUAUGGAAGAGGGCGUCUAGAGGAUCGAUCAUCGCUCUUGGCAGAUAUUCAGAAUGUGAAGCCAACCCAUGUUUUCAAUGCUGCUGGUGUGACUGGUAGACCCAAUGUAGAUUGGUGUGAGUCUCACAAAACUGAAACAAUUCGUGCAAAUGUUGCUGGAACCUUAACCUUAGCAGAUGUUUGCCGAGAGCAUGGGCUAUUGAUGAUGAAUUUUGCUACAGGAUGCAUAUUUGAGUAUGAUGCUGCACAUCCUGAGGGUUCUGGCAUUGGCUUUAAAGAGGAAGAUAAACCCAAUUUCAUUGGUUCUUUCUAUUCCAAAACCAAGGCUAUGGUUGAGGAGCUGUUGAAAGAAUAUGACAAUGUCUGCACCCUCAGAGUUCGGAUGCCAAUAUCAUCUGACCUAAGUAACCCACGGAACUUCAUAACCAAGAUUUCUCGUUACAACAAAGUCGUUAACAUUCCAAACAGCAUGACCAUCUUGGAUGAGCUUCUUCCCAUCUCAGUUGAGAUGGCGAAGCGGAACUUGAGGGGUAUAUGGAACUUCACAAACCCUGGGGUUGUAAGCCAUAACGAGAUUCUGGAGAUGUACAAGCAAUACAUUGACCCCAACUUCAAGUGGGCUAACUUCACACUUGAGGAGCAAGCCAAGGUGAUAGUGGCCCCUCGAAGCAACAAUGAGAUGGAUGCAUCAAAGUUGAAAAAAGAGUUCCCCGAGUUGCUAUCUAUCAAGGAGUCCCUGAUUAAGUAUGUAUUCGAACCAAACAAGAAAAACUAAGCAGAAUAAGCAGUUUUGAGCGGUAGACCUCAGUAUUGACCUCUGCAGUUUGAACUAGGCUUCAUUUUUCAGCUUUCUUCCCUAUAAAAGGUUGAUCAUUCCCCCCAAUUAUUAUUCAUUGUUAGCUUCAUAUCAUAAUAUUUUCCACUGUUCUAGGAGGCCAUGAGGAUAAUUCUAUUAGUUAUGGAUCUUUUAUUUUUAACUUUCCCGUUUGUAUUUUAGUUUGCUUGGUUACUUUCAGCAAAGGAACAUUCUGGUCAAUAGCUUCUUUAUAAUGGAUGUCAUCUACUACAAACAAGCCUGAGAGUGUAUUAAAUUUGCAGUCUAUGUUAUGAAAUAUGUGUGGCCUUUAAUUCUUUAA